AUGGCAGGCGAUGGGGCUGCUGGAAGCAGCGAGCCGGACGCUUUAUUCGUGGCUGUAUUUGCGUUGUUCCUGGGUGCGUUGACGCGGAGCGCCCUGCACUGGACCCGGAUCCCAUACUCAGUCCUCCUGCUGGACAUCGACCCACAUCUGCUGACGUCGCUCUUUCUGCCGCCGGUCCUGUUCGCCGGCGCGUAUGGCCUGCCCAGGCGCGUCCUGAUCAUGGCCGCCGCCCACGUGGCGCUGCUCGGCGGCGCGGCUGUAAUUACGGGGACGGCCAUGACGGCUGUCGCUGUAAAAUUCGUGCUCCCGUACGGGUGGACCUGGCCCCAGUCACUGCUGUUCGGCGCCAUUGCCGCCGCUACGGACCCUGUUGCAGCCGUUGCAUUACUAAGAGAGGUGAAUGCACCGGAGGAGAUCAGAGUGACUGUGGAUGGAGAGGCGUUGGUUGAUGACGGCGUGGCAGCCGUCCUCUUCAUUGUCUUCCAGAGGUACACGGCGGGCGAGGCGCAGUCGCCCGGGGGCGUUGCCUCUCUGCUCUGCCGCCAGUCGCUGGGGGGCCCCGCGGUUGGCCUGGCAUUUGCGCUGUGCCUGCUGGCCUGGCUGCGUUUUGUGCCCGCUGCACAACAGGAGCCCGUCCUAGCAGCGACGCUCAUGCUGGUGGCAGCCUACGGCUGCUUCUUUGUUGCGGAUGAAGUUCUGGCAACGAAUGGGAUUCUGGCUGUGGUGACACUUGGCAUGGCAAUGGCCUGUUUGGGCCACCAUGCCACAUCAGCCUGUUUGGACAGUCCAGGCGCUGCAACGCAGGCAGCUAUGCAGGAGCAUGUGAACGUGAUCUGGGAGGCGGUGGAGUAUAUGGCCAACACGCUCAUUUUUGUGGUGAUCCGGUGCAUAAACAUAGCGCUGCUGUGGCCGCUGCUGGCGCGCACCGGCGGCGGCAUAACCCUCACGUCAGCGUUACUCACUGCCUGGAGCGGCCUGAGGGGGAUUGUGGGGUUGGCGCUCGCGUUGUAUAUAUUGACCGACCCCGCCAUAGGCAACGCUGCGUACCGGAUGCAGGCCUUCUUCUUGAUGUCGACAACCAUUGUGCUGACUGUCGUCAUGCAGGGCAGCCUCUAUGGCCCCUUGCUUCUGGUGAGCAACCCUUCAUAA